GGUACUGGGCAUGCGCAGUGUUCUCAAGCAUCAUUAAGCAGUGCUGAAGGAGGCGAGAAGGAAAACAGUGGCAGGGAGAGAGGGCAGAAGUUGGAUGGCGCUUUCCUUUGUCGCCGUGUCUCUACGCUUAUGAACAACGAGCAAGCUGAUCCGCGAUCCGUGAAAUCACACCGUCUGUCGCCGUUUCACGUCAAAGUUACUCCUCCGGGUUUCAUCUAACAAACGGUCCGAGCCUGCGGCCACGAUGAUGGAGGAAUCGGUGUCCACAUUUGAGACGCAUCUGACGGCUGUCAUGGACAGUCUGAUCCGAGCCUCCGUCUGCGAGAUCACCAAACUCUUCCAGGAGACGGUGAACGACUACCUGGUGGAGCUGUCCCUCAACAGGAGGGAGAACGAGGCUCUCAAACUACGGCUGAGGCUCACCGAGAGCAAACUGAGGACCGAGCGCAAGUACGGGAUGGGCUGGGCGGCCAACCGCCGCAACGCCGGACUGGCGGCGGCGGAGGAAGGAGCUGGAGGGCGGCAGAAACGAAAAGUUGAGGUGACCCGAGGCAAGUCAAAGAAGGGCCCAGCAGCAGCCUAUAGCAAAGGCUGGCCUGGAGGUGUGUGGGAGGAAGGAGGAGGAGGAGGUGGUGGCGGCGGUGGUGGUGGUGGUGGUGGGGGAGGAAGUGGAGGAGCUGUGGGGAUGGUAGCAGGAGCAGGAGGAAGAGGGAGAAAGGAGGCCAGGGAGAUGUACCUCAUCCAGUUCCCCAGGAAUGAAGAGGAUGAGGGAUGGAUGGUGGAGGACGAGGAAGGGGAGGGCAGCCUCAGCGGUGAGGGGGAGGAGACAGCCAACAUCAAAGAGGAGUUUGCCCAGACAGAGGGCUAUCAACCCGCCUCUCUCCGGCUAAUCAAGGAGGCUUUGAAGAUGGACCCGCCCAACAAGAACCUCCACACUGGCUCCAGAGCCCAAAGUGAAGGAGACCUGUCAGAUCGUCCCCCGACCCUUCAUCCAGGAGAGAGAGAAGAGGAUGACUGGGAGGUGGGCUCAACUGAGCCAUCGGAGGGGGGCAUGACCAUGGAUGAGCUGAGGGGUCUGGAGUCCGCACUGAGGGCUGAGAGAGGCCGCGAGCAGGCUGCCAUGACGGCUUCCCAGCCUGUCAGCCCUGACUCAGAGGCAGUGCGAGGCACAGAGAUCGGCCGGGCGCCCAAGUACAUUGGUCUUGAUGGAAUGGAGCAGGAUGGAGAGCCGGAGCCUCAGCCACCGACCCUGCAGAGAGAGGAGGAGAUAGGGCAAGGCAGGUUGAAGGAUGCCGUGAGGGCUGGAGUGGUUGGGGGAGUGGAGCUGAGGUUAGGCUGGUCGAAAAAGUUGAGAGAGGGUGACUCGGCUGCAGUCAUGACCGGAGAGGAUGUGGUGGAGCUGGGAGAGUCGGAGCACCUGCCUCACCUGUCUGCUCCAGGGAGUGUCGAGGAGAGCGGAGGGGAAGAGGAGGGUGGCAGGGACCUGCUCCACUUCUGCCCACAGUGUGGAGGAGGCUUCACCUCAGAGGCUGAGCUGGAGGAGCACCCCUGUCCACUAGGUGGCUCUCAAUUACAGAACAGUGGAGCAGAGGACAGUCUUUUCCCUUGUGCCCACUGUGGCAACACGUUCAGCCACGCCUGGGCACUUAAGAACCACGAGUGUGCCUGUGCCGCCGAGCGGCCACACUGCUGCGAGAUCUGCGGGAAGCGCUUCACGCACUCGCGCUCACUGGAACGGCAUCAUCUGGUGCACACGGGCGAGAGGCCGCACCGGUGCCCCCAAUGUGGACGCACCUUCAGUCGUCUAGGCAAUUUGGAACGGCACCAGCGGAUUCACACAGGUGAACGUCCAUACGGGUGUGAAGCAUGCGGAAAACGGUUCAGUCGCGUGGAGUACUUAAAGAGACACCAACUCAUACACAACAGUGAAAAGGCGACACUCCAGUGCUCCAACUGUGGAAGUGGUUUUAGUGAUGUGGAGCAACUGAAAAACCACCAGUGUUUUUAGAGCCUCUCCUUCAAAUCUCUGAAAGAACUGGAAAGAAAAAGCAGGUUUUUAACUGAAUGUGGUAGAAUUUAGGUGAUGAAUGUGACUGGUAGAUGCUAAUUUUAUUCUCUCUCUUGGAGCUGCCUUUCUUACUCACUAGUAAAUAAUAAAAUAAAGAAGGCAAUUGUCCAAAGUUUACAGGAAGUCAGUUCAAAUCAAAUCAAAUCAAUCUCAGACAUUCAGCCAUUUUAAUUUGAGGUGUACUCAUUUGUAUGUACAAAGCUUGUACUUAUUUAUGAUGAUCUACAAAUUGUACAUUUUUGUCUUUUUAUCAAUAAUUCACUCAUGUCACUAAAGUCAGUGCCCUUGUUUUUUUCUGACAAUAUAAUUGACAGCUUGGCAUUUUGUAUGUUUGUGUUUUGGUCAUAUCAUUAAGAAAUAAAUAUUUCAAUUCAUCAGAAGGCUCUUCACCCA